UUCUGCAUAAGCGGGUACCCUUAGCAACCAUGCCGGCCGCUGUCAGCAAGGAGAGCAAGCCCAUCAUCCCUGAGUCGGUGCUCAAGAAGCGCCGCACGAAGGAGGCCAUCGCCGCCAAGCAGGCCGCCAAGCAGGAGGCCGACCAGAAGGCGGCUGCCGCCAAGAAGACCGAGAUCUUCGAGCGUGCCGAGCGCUACGUCAAGGAAUACCGCGCCCAGGAGAACGACUCCAUCCGCUUCCGCCGCGAGGCCAAGGCGGCGGGCAACAUCCACGUCCCGGCUGAGGCCGGUGUGGUGAUCGUCGUCCGCAUCCGCGGUAUCAUCGGCGUGUCCCCCAAGGUGCGCAAGAUCCUGCAGCUCCUCCGCCUGCGCCAGAUCAACAACUCGGUCUUCGUCAAGCUUAACGCCGCGACCGUCAAGAUGCUGCGCCUCGUGGAGCCCUACGUGGCGUACGGGUACCCCAACCUGAAGACGGUCCGCGAGCUUAUCUACAAGCGCGGGUUCGGAAAGGUGAACAAGCAGCGCAUCCCCAUCUCGGACAACUCCGUGAUCGAGGGAACCCUCGGCAAGGCCGGCAUCAUCUGCGUGGAGGACCUGAUCCACGAGAUCUACACCGUGGGCCCCAACUUCAAGGCGGCCAACAACUUCCUGUGGCCCUUCAAGCUCUCCAACCCUAACGGCGGCUUCCGCCAGAAGCUCCUCCACUUCAACGAGGGCGGGGACGCGGGGCAGCGCGGCGCCAAGAUCAACGCCCUCAUCAAGCGCAUGCUCUAAUUUUUUGGAGACGGUUUUGCUGCUGCUGUGGCCGCUACUGUGCUGGUUGUUGACUGCCUUGGACGGAGGGCUGUUGGGGGUCCUGUUGGCGGUUUUUAUUACCCGCCGUAGCUUGGUGUUGCACGAGCUUGUUGAAGAGUGCAGGGAACCGGGGGGAUUCCAAGGGGGCGAUGUUUUCGUCGUUUGACCUUGUUAGGAGCCCCGGCUUUCCUGGUGCUGCUUUUUGUUGGCGCGUUUGCUCUGGCACUUUGGUGCAAACCCUGCACACCGUUUGUGUGACGCAUGAACGAAGAUAAAAGAGAGAUGAAAAUUAA